ACUCACUCAACAACUCACACACACAACAAAGCUUGAGCUUCAUUUUGCAGCACACUCCAUUCAUCAAACACCUUGUGUGCAAACCAAAAGCUGAGAACACCAGAAACCACAAAGAGAAUCAACAAUGCAGAGAUUCAAAUCUCUGCUUCCACAAAACAAGUUCUCAUUUCGCACACUCUGCUCUCACCCUCGAACCUUCUCUGCUCAACCAAAUUUCGCACAACGAGAUGAUGAUGGAGAUGAUUCCCAGGAACAGAUUUUAGUUGAAGGAAGAGCGAAAUCUCGUGCAGCUAUUCUCAACCGGCCAUCUUCUCUGAACGCGCUCACUACUUCAAUGGUUGCUCGGUUAAAGAGGUUGUAUGACUCUUGGGAAGAAAACUCUGACAUUGGCUUUGUUUUGAUGAAGGGUAAUGGCAGAGCUUUCUGUUCCGGUGGAGAUGUUGUUAGGCUGUAUAAUUCGCUCAAUGAAGGGAAUGCUGAAGCAGCUGAACAGUUUUUCAAAACAUUAUAUUCGUUUGUAUAUCUUCAAGGGACAUAUCUUAAACCACAUGUUGCUAUUCUGGAUGGAAUGACAAUGGGAUGUGGAUCUGGAAUUUCUCUAACAGGGAUGUUCAGUGUUGUAACUGAUAAAACUAGUUUUUCUCAUCCAGAGGCUCAAAUAGGCUUCCAUCCUGAUGCUGGAGCUUCUUAUUUUUUAUCUCGUUUACCUGGCUACUUAGGGGAAUACUUGGCCCUUACAGGAGAUAAGCUUAAUGGUGUGGAAAUGAUUGCCUGCCGCCUUGCUACUCAUUAUUCACUAAAUGCAAGGCUUCCUUUGCUUGAAGAGCGCCUAGGUAAACUGAUCACAGAUGAUCCAUCUGUGGUGGAGGCAUCCCUUGCGCAAUAUGGGGACCUUGUUUAUCCAGACGGAAGCAGUGUCCUUCACAAGACUGAUACUAUUGAUAGAUGUUUCAGCCACGAUACAGUGGAGGAAAUUAUUGAAGCUUUGGAGAAGGAGGCAGCUGAAACAUAUGACCAAUGGUGUUUGACAGUUCUUAGGAGAAUGAAAGAAGCCUCCCCAUUGAGUUUGAAAGUUAUUUUACGAUCGAUACGUGAAGGUAGAUUUGAAACUCUUGAUCAAUGUCUUGUACGUGAGUAUCGCAUAUCUCUUCGUGGAACUUCCAAGCAUGUCUCCUCAGAUUUCUUUGAGGGUGUUCGUGCACGAAUGGUUGAUAAAGAUUUUACACCUAAGUGGGACCCACCUAGUUUAAAAGAUGUAUCAGAGGACAUGGUUGAACACCAUUUCUAUCCAUUUAGCGAAGUGGAGUCUGAACUAGUGUUGCCAACAGCAUUGCGAGAACCUUACAUGUGAAACUGGCACGCCUCUCAUCAACGCUUGUCACUAGCGUGGGGUAAGCCAAAUAAGCUCUAAUUUGGUUUCCAACUUCAUCAAACAUAGUUUCUCACUCAUCAUUGUUGUAUUAGCAAAAGAAUGUAGAAGUUGCACUUUCAUUUUUGCUGGGGAAAAUUGGUUCAAUUUUUCCCAGGUUUUCACGAAAAUGUAGAUGAUCCAAUUUGCUCACUCCCCUUAGCCAUCUCUCAAGUUUGUUAUCAUCAAUAAUAGUUCUACUUUUUUUUUGUCAACUAGCAAAUUAGGUCCCUUGAUAUUUGGUAUAAAGGAUUGCAUUGCCUGCUUUAAACUUGAUUGGGCAAUAUUAGAGCACACAUCCUCUAGCACUA